AUGGCUACUUUACAAGCUUUGUUGUUGGCUCUUUUCAUCACUUCAUUUGUAGUCGAUCAAAGUUUUGUUGAAGCAAAUUUCCCGAAGAGCAUGUACAUAAACUGGGGUGCUCAUCAUUCGAGUUUUGCAGGCAAUGGUGAAGACCUUCAACUUGUGCUGGAUCAAACUUCAGGUUCUGCUGUCAAAUCAAAGAGGGCAUUCUUAUUUGGAAGCAUUGAAAUGCUAAUCAAGUUGGUACCUGGAAACUCAGCCGGAACAGUGACGGCCUACUAUGUAACCUCCACUGGAGACAAGCAUGACGAGAUCGACUUCGAGUUCUUAGGUAACGUUUCUGGACAACCAUAUAUUGUUCACACAAACAUCUUUACUCAAGGAAACGGAAGCAGAGAACAACAAUUCUACCUGUGGUUUGACCCGACUGCCGAUUUCCACAACUACACCAUACACUGGAAUCCCACUGAAGUUGUGUGGUACAUCGACAACCUGCCAAUCCGUGUUUUCAGAAACUACGAGAAGGAAGGCAUUGCCUUUCCCAACAAGCAAGGUAUGAGGGUACACGCCAGUUUAUGGAAUGCGGACAAUUGGGCAACGAGAGGAGGUCUUGAGAAGAUUGACUGGAACAGCGCACCUUUCAUUGCCCGAUUCCGCAGGUUCAGGGCAAGAGCAUGCAAGUGGGAUGGGCCAGUGAGUAUCAAUCAAUGUGCCAUCAAAACCCCAGCUAACUGGUGGACUUCCCCUCGUUUCAGCCAGUUGAGCAGUACCCAGAUUGGUCAAAUGAACUGGGUCAGGCAAAACUUCAUGAUCUAUGACUACUGCAAAGAUACUAAAAGAUUCAAAGGACAAACUCCUCCAGAAUGUUUCAAACAGCAGUUCUAAGUUCUAAGAUUGAAAGUUUCUUGAAUUCCAUUUCUUUUCUUACUACAUAAA